CGCGCGAAGAAGGAAGAGAGCGAAUCGGAGAGGAGCGCGCAGAAGGAGAUUCGUGCUCUCGUUGACUCCGGCAGCGGCCAGUUUCAGACUUGGCGCUGGACCGUGAGCCACGCGAUCUCUGUCCCUCUUGUCUCUCCCUCUCCCUCUCUCUUUCUAACGCGCGCGGCCGCAAGAUGUGAGGAUCGGCAUCGAUCGCGUCGCACAGCGAGGUAGAGCCGUCACCUUCUCGAUGACAGAAUGACACCGCGCGCUUUGGCUCGCUGCGUGUGCGUGGCCGAUCGAGCGGAGAUCGAACGCGGAGAGUGCAGGCUGUAAGAUUGAGAGCGAGAGUGCGGGUCGAGUCGUCCGGAUCGAGAUCGCGGGUCCGCGAGUCCGACGGAGAGCUUGGACGUCGGAGUGGCGCGGUUGGGUGGAUCACGCUUGGAUCGAUCGCUCGAAGUUUGCGAAAAUUUGCGGGAAGGAGGAGAGAUCAGGGGUGAAACACGAGUGCGCUAAGCGUCGAAGUCUCCGCUGCGCGUGUAUGUCGAUACGCGCGUUUUUACGCGAUACCAAGUCCACGAUCCACAGCUGCCAUGAUCUACCAUCAGUCGAAUCAUCAAGCGCCCACGAUGUCGUCUAUCAGGAAGACGUCGCCUGGACCGCAACGCCGUAGUCUGCAAGCGUCCCCAGCGAAAUGUGCGAAGACGAAGCGGACGAACGAGCGGGUGGUCAACGAGGAGAGAUGCAGAGGAAGAUGCAGAGUGCAGUGGAGCGAGAAACACGUGAAGGAGGGCUUAGUCCUUGUCCAGGAGGCGCAGCUCGCCAGGGUGGUCAAGACGGGUCCUAUCACGGAGCACUAUGAGAUCGAUCCGAAACCGUUCGCGAGCGGUCAGUGGGCGAGAGUCUACCGCUGCAGGUCGCGAUCGACCGGCAUACUUUACGCGGCCAAGUACUCGUCCAGGAACCGAUUCAACGCCGAUUGCAGCGCGGAACUGAGACACGAGAUCGCUCUAUUGUCUCUGUGCUCGCAAUCCCCACGCGUCGUUAGACUGCACGAUGUCUACGAGACACCGAAGGAAAUCAUCUUAGUCAUGGAAUACGCGCCCGGAGGCGAUCUCCAGACGCUCAUCGACGGCGAUUUGGUGCCCCUCGAAGGUGACGUUGUACACUUUGUGCGGCAGCUAGUGGAAGGACUCGCCUACCUCCACGAGAGAAAUAUCGCCCAUUUGGACAUCAAGCCUCAAAAUCUGGUCAUGAUGGGCUCUUUCCCGGACUGCGAUGUUAAGUUGUGCGACUUCGAGAUCUCGAGAGUGAUCCUCGAGGGCACUGAAGUCCGGGAGAUUCUUGGCACGCCGGAUUAUGUCGCGCCUGAAAUACUGCAUUACGAGCCGAUCAUGCUGGCAGCCGAUAUGUGGUCACUCGGUGUCACAACCUACGUGUUGCUGACGGGCUUCUCGCCCUUCGGUGGCGAGACCGAUCAAGAGACCUUCCAGAAUAUAUCCUUAGGAGAGGUGGACUUCCCCGAAGAGCUGUUCGAGGAUGUCUCGGCGCAGGCAAAGGACUUCGUCGCAAAGCUUUUGGUGCUAGACCCAAGUGCACGGAUGACCGCGAAACAAUGCCUGCGCCACGACUGGCUGCGCGGCGCCCCAACGCAAGCGUCGCCGCAUCUGCGAAGGUACCUGUCGAAAUCGCGGGAGGUUCUUCUGGAGCGCGUGGUCAGUCGCGAAAACUUGAGGAGGGCCGCGCUCAUGAGCCAAGCGACCAGCCAGGCGAGUCUCUGUCAAGGGGACGUCCAAAGUGACCAAAACUAUCAGCAGCAUCGUCAACAGGGCUUACAGGAUUGCAUACUUAGUCAAAGCGAAAUGUGCUUAAGUCAUCGCCUAACCGGAAGUCGUUCGAGUUUGGGGGGUAGCGAGGGACCCAGUCCGGCGGAUUCUCAGGCCAGCCUGAACUCCUCCAGGACUAGCCUGAGCUGCGCGAGCCAGAGCUGUCUGCUGAAUCAAGAACAGACGCAGGGACUGCUGAGUAAAGCUCAGAGCCGAUCGCAGGCUAAUCUGAAUCAAGGCCUGAGUCGCGGUAUAUUGUCGAGAAUACGCAGUCUGAAUCGCGUUCAGUCUCAGGCGUGUCUACUGAACGGAUCUUCGGCGAUCAAUUGCGGACGAGCCGGUGCCGUCGCUACGAUGAAUCCCGUAAUCAGCAAGUCCCGCGAGAAACUGUACGGUUUAAGAUCUUUGUCAAAGUCCCAGGGUGUCCUGGAUAUCUACAGAAGUCUGGAAUGCCUGAAACGACGAAGGAAGAGCUAUCAGCGCGCGAGGACCGAGGACAUGUUGCCGAUUUUCAAGCAACUCGGCGCCGAGAUCGCGUCCUCCAGGCUGACACCCUCGAUAAGCGACGAUCGUUUGGUCGUUGACGUAAAAUCGGAGAUCGAUUUAACAUCCGAUAAGAUCGAGCGGAAGAUUGACCAAAAUGUGCCAACCGUUUCGUCGACAGACGCGAAGACACCGAACGAUUUUAGCUGCGAUGAUCGGAACCACUCGUGCGUCGAGUUGAAUAAUGAUUCGCAACGCGCAGCGAUGAACGCGGAACCGCAGACCCCGAAGAAGUUCACCUCGGAAUCCGAGGAAAAUCUAGAUUCCCUCAAGUCUGUCGAGUCGGACACCCUAACGGAGGAUUCCGAUGAGAUAACGUUGUGCCGUAACGCAGCGCCCGUUAAUGCGUACAAACGUCCCUGCGAACGUCAACAUUCCGACGUGUCCAGUCGUUCCAACAACUCUGACGACAAGGAGGAUCGCUCGACAGAAUCGGAGAAUGAGGAGCCGAAGUACACAGUAGCGCAGCUGGUCUCCGCCUUCAACAAGCACCAGGAAGUCGCCUCGAGGACGAGCCUGAGAGCAAUCAUGUCCGAGAGGCGGAUCACCGAGAUGACGUUCCCGACUGGCACGAAGGCGUUGCGUCUCUUUAUCCCGGACAUCAACAUCACCGAGAGUAAGAUCGUCAGGCGAAAAACGAGCUACAAGCCGCGAAAGAAUUGGGAGGAACUCAGGAAGCGUAACGAGAAGAAUGAGGGCGUCUUAAAGAGCCUUGAUAACGAUUCCGGCAACGAGGACGACGACAAUGAAGACGAGACUCGAGACAGCACGAAGGAUGAUCCCACGAAGGAUGAAAGGGAUUGCGCGAGGAAUACUGAGGAAAGAGUUGUCGAUAUUUCACAGGGCUUAAUAAAGAAGGAAGACACGAAUUUAUCCUUGGAAUGGUCGCUCUUGCAACCUGAGGAGAACAAUGGACAAAGUAUCUUCGUCGACAACGCGGAUACUCAAAACAAUCUCGAUACCACGAUAGAUGAAAAAUACAAACAAUGUGUGAAAGGUGCUAUGUCUGGCAAAAUGGAAACGCUCGAAGACAAAAAUAAAAAAAAAUAUCCAAAGCAGUUAGAAUUACAGCCGAAGGUUACCGUUUCGAUACGUCAAAAGGAGAGAUUACCUAAUUAUAUAUAUCCGGACAUAACUGUCACGGCCAAAGACAAUCGCGAAGCCUCUAAAAAGACUGUUGCGACUGCGACUAAUGGAAAACCUGGACCUAGAAUAUCUAAGAUCGAUCAAAUCAAACCGAGUUUUGGCGCCGAUUCCGCGAACGUAAAUCUCAAAGAUAUUUUACAGCGGGUGGACAAUUCCCAAAGUACCUCCAAAGAAAAUCUAGAAAAUCUGAGGAAAAGAACAUCGAUCGCGAAAAUUAUUUUGAACGACAAUCUUGUUCAUGACAACCAAGAUAGUAGUCUCGGCGGUUGCAAAAUGAAUUCUCGCGCAAAAAGUGAACCACCCUCGAACGAUAGCCAGUCGGAGGAUCGAAUGAAGCUGACGGUACCGCCGUCUUUCAUUCGAUCCUCUUCCUUGUCUAGCGACAGUAGCUGCCCCACGCCGUCCAGCGUGCAAUCUGACGUGAACGUAUCGUGGGAGGAUGUGCAGGUCGUCACGGGCUCUAGCACGUCUCUGGAAAAGGAGGACGUUUGCAGGGUCGCGAAGAAGAGCGACGUCCAGCGAACGUGUAGCGAGGGAAGAAAUAGGCAGUGCGCGGAGGACCGGAAAGUCUGGGGACGGAUCUGUACCGGUUCCUACACCAGGGCCAUGGAAAAAUUUAGCAGCAAAAAUAUAGACGCCGCGAAGAAAUCGCUGGGUUCGACGAUUCUCACUCAACAAACGGAAAAGACUAGAAGAAAGAGCAGCCCUGCGAUGCCGCAAUAUAUAAGUCCUUAAGAAUCUUAAUUUUUAGACGAUUGCAAUCUAAAAAGUACAUAAAAGUUGCAAUAUAUUUGGAUGAGAGACCCGAGGUCAUAAAUAUAUCCACUUAAUGUUCCUGAAGGAAUAGCGAAUUCUAAACUGGAGUCGACGCGACGCGGAUUGCAGUAACGCGGAAUCGAAGUGAGGAAAAGAUCGAAAAAAUACUUUUUUUUUUCACCACAUCCUAACAAGACAAAAGAGAGAGAUAAUGCUUUCGCGAUCUUAGCGAAUGACCGUGAAUGCGAACCUUGAACGAUUCACGGGCAUUAGAAACUCCGUUGCAGUGCCACGCGCCGACAUCACCGAUCGUAGCGUAUCGACAUGGCUUAAUGACAUGAAGACACGUGUCAGCGAUUCUACCGACCGUCAUUAACGUCCCACUCGAUUGUGUCGUGCACAUGAUCGAUGGCUCUUGGCUCUAGCGUUAUCCCUUUGGCUUAAUUAUUGUAUUAAGGGAAUAUUCAUCCUUGUUCACGCGCGCGCACACUGCCAAGGUGGUGUCAAUGAGGGUGGUGAAUAUAUUUGUAGGAAACAAGGGCGCAUAGUGGAUAAAGUAGAAUGUAGUUCGAGUUUCUGGCAUAUAAUAUAUCGUCUCAGUUAUGUUCUACGUUUUUAAAAAAUAUUUAUAAACUAUUCUUAAAUUUUCUUGCGCAAAAUCUAAUGUUCUUUGGAAAAUUUAAUAUUUUUAAAAAAUUGUACAUAUAGAGAUUAGAUUACUUUUCUCUUUUUUUUU